GUCGCCAAAUAAGUGCAAGGUUAAUGAUUUCAUUUCGUCAUGCUCAAGUGCCACUGAAUUGAUGUUCAGCAAACGUAAUGAAUUGAUUUAUAUUGGUGAUUUCAAUCUAAAUAUGUUAACAGGUCCAGACAAUCCUGAGGGACCUAACGAGGACUUAACAGAAUUUUGUGAUCAGUUUUGCUUAACAAACAUGAUAAAUAAACCCACUAGAGUGUCAAAAACAUCCAAAACUUUAAUCGAUGUGAUACUGGUAUCUAAAGUCGAAAGAUUUGUCACCAGUGGAGUAUUAGGCCUACAUCCUGGAAUGAGCGAUCACGAUUUAGUAUAUAUUGUCCGAAAGCAACGACUCCCGAAGCUCAAGGCAAAAUCAAUUGAAUUCUGA